GACAUUUUGAAUAAAUAGCGACAUUUGCCGUGUCCUUGCCAAAUCUUGACAGGAGUUGAGGAGUUGUAAGAGUUUUGUUGGCUUCCGACCUCCAGUGUAAUCCGCCCCAUCGCUAGCACGCUGACCAGGGUAAACGUCAGUGCUGAAGGAUGAUGACCAAAAUACUGACCGGUGAACUCACUUUCACCUCCCUGAAACCUCUUGAUUUGUCGACCUGCACCAAGAAACAGAUCAAGCUUUACUUCGAAAACAGCUAUGACUUGAACGAAAGCCUCUUCACGGCACUCAAAGAUGAGUCUGCAUUUUACAAAUGCCCCGACCGUCUCCGCCUCCCUCUCAUCUUCUACUUCGCCCAUACAGCCACUGUCUACGUCAAUAAACUUCUUCUUGCGGGCUUUAUCAAGGACAGAGUGAAUGUUGAAUUUGAAACAAUGUUUGAAACUGGCGUAGAUGAAAUGUCAUGGGACGACACGGAGAACUACCGCAUGGGAGGAAACUUUAUAUGGCCUACCCUGGACAAAGUGGUGGAGUACAGACGAAAAGUGAGAAAUCUGAUUCUUGACCAGAUAGAUAACACCCCACUCACUCUGCCUGUUACAAUGGACCAUUCAUGGUGGGGCCUUAUCAUGGGAAUGGAGCAUGAAAGGAUUCACGUGGAGACUUCAUCUGUUCUCAUACGCCAAUUGCCCAUACAUUUGGUCCUCAAGCCCGAAAGAUGGACAUAUGGCCCCGUGAAAAGUGGCUCUAGCGCGACUGAGAACACACUACUCUCCAUGGAGGCAAAAGACAUCACAAUUGGCAAGCCUAAAAGCUUUCCUUCCUAUGGGUGGGACAACGAGUAUGGCCAAGCUGAGAUACAUGUGCCGCCAUUUAAAGCAUCUAAAUAUCUGGUGACCAACAGGGAGUUUCUAGGUUUUGUCCGUGCUGGUGGAUACAAGUGCAAGAAGUAUUGGUCAGAUGAGGGAUGGAAGUGGCGAGUGUUCAAACAGGCAAACCACCCGGUGUUCUGGAUCUGCAAUAACGGAUGCAUAGGGGGAUGUGGUGGGGACCUAGCUGACUGGUCUCACUGCCAUAUCAAAGGUGUACCAGAGAAGAUACUUGAAAAGGAUGAAAACGACUGUCCCAGCGUUGACACGGAAUACAGGCUGAGGUUGAUGUUUGAUCUGGUAAACCUUCCCAUCGACUGGCCAGUUGAAGUUAAUUACCACGAAGCAAAGGCAUUUUGUUACUGGAAGGGAGAGGAUUUCCGCUUACCAACCGAAGCGGAGCAUAAUGUCAUGAGAGGCAAGCAGCGAUCAGUGAGCGAUGGUACAGCGUGUGACAUCAUAUACAGUGACAACAUCGAAGCCAACUUAAAUCUUCAAUACGGCUCCUCAACUCCUGUUAACCUGUUCCCAAGCAAUGAGUUGGGUUUCCAUGACGUAUGUGGGAAUGUAUGGACAUGGGUGGAGGAUCACUUCAAUGGACUCUCCGGAUUUGACACACACUGGUUGUAUGACGACUUUUCUUCGCCGUGCUUCGAUGGUCAUCACAACAUGAUACUGGGCGGUUCUUGGAUAUCGACCGGAGAUGAGGCAUCUCGUUUCGCCAGGUUUGGCUUUAGACGACAUUUCUUCCAACACCUUGGAUUCCGACUUGUGCAGACAAUAGACCAACCGAAAGAUGGGAAAGUGUCAUUGCCAGCCCGAGUUGUGAAUACACCAGUAUUCGUGUUAGGGCAGGGCGUCACAGCCAACAACGGAAGUCUACAUGGGAAGUAUCGUGUUGAGAGUGUUCCUACCACAAACCUCAACUAUUGCUAUGAAGGUGAAGAUUCACUGGUAGGAAUCUUGGAAUUGGAAUUCGGCUUCCGAGACUCGGGCGUGGCCGUCCUGGCCGCGAUGUGUGUGGACUACGCGCGUGACAUGGGCAUCCCAACAAACACAGCGCUGCAUCUUGGGGCAGGAACAGGACGGGGGGCGUUUGAACUUAGCAAGGUUUUUUUGCAAGUCCUUGGAGUGGAACCUGUCGGCAGAUUUGUCGACGCGUCUCUGAAAUUGCAAGAAAAGCGUACUUUGACAUUUUCAACCACACAUAGCAAUUCUGCAACAGCGAUAAAUUUAAAUGAUUGCGAUGCCAAUCCUGAGAGGAUCACAUUUAAACAGUUGACGUGGAUAUCAAAUGAGCUGGACAGUCAUGAUCUGGUCCUCUUAAGUCAUUUGGACCGAGUCCAGAAUCCUAAAGCAUGGUUGAUGCGUGUUUGGGAAAUCACAAAACCCAACGGUAUUGCUAUCGUUGGAAGUCUCAGCGGUGAGUGGACCCUGGAGAAGAUGCAACCUAUGUUGGGUGAGAGGAUGUCAUGCGUUCUGAGUGAAGCCACUGAAUAUCACUGUCGUUCAGGGAGUCACACUGCAGUGGUCACCGCAUGGCGACAUCACUAGGUAGAGACAGAGAGUCACCUCUGCUGGAAGUGCGCGAUGUACAUGAUUUCGAAGGAAACAGAUAAACUAACCGACAAUGCGCUAGAGAGGAAGAUGUUAGCACAGCACAAUGUAUAAUUGCUACAACCAUGGUGUGUUUUUACAUUGUGAGUUGGUCAUGCUGCAUAAACUGAGGUUUAACAAAUUUAAGAAAUUAUUGCAUGACGUUUUCCAUUAGGUUGGUAUUCUUUUUGCAUUGUGUAUCUACACGUGUUAUGAUUUUGCGUUUUCCAUGGAAGACUCACUGUUCACAGUCUUUUACUGGUAUUGAGGUUGCAUGAAUGUAUGGGAAGUUACGGUACAAUUUAUUUCUCAUAAUCCCCAACACAAACCGAACAUAGAAGGUUUUCUUGUAUUCUAUUAUCCCUUUAAAGUACAUUUUAUAAAAAAAAGAUAUGUUUAGAUAUAUAAGUUAAUAAAUGAUUGAGACUUA